AUGUCGAUAUUCGUCGUUCCCGUCGAGACUACCAAGCCAUUAGUGGCGCUGGCGGCGUUGUCUCUCGUCAUAUUCCCUAUCGUCUACUUUCUCUAUCUCACGGUCUAUCGUCUUUUUCUCAGUCCAAUUUCGCGUUUUCCAGGUCCAAAGCUGGCAGCAUGGACAUACUGGUAUGAAUUCUGGUACGAUGUUGUUGCCGAGCCUGAAUACACUUUCAAGAUUGGCAGAUUACACAAGCAAUAUGGGCCUAUAAUUCGCAUCAAUCCGGACGAAAUCCACAUCGCAGACCCGGACUUCUACGACACGAUCUACGCUGGCAGCGGACGCAAGCGUGAUAAGUGGGACUGGAUCACUCGGUCUUUUGGUGUCGACGAGAGCUUGAUUGGCACCCUUGGACAUGACGAGCACCGCACGCGUAGAGCGGCGCUUUCGCCGUACUUCUCCAAGCAGAGCGUUCGUGCUCUGCAACCGCUGGUGGACCGAAACAUGGGAAUCCUUCUCGGACGCUUCCGCGAGUUUGCGCAGUCCGGAGCCCCUCUCAAGCUGGAUGAUGCCUAUGCCGCACUCACCAACGAUAUCGUCGAGGACUACGCCUUCGGAAAGAGCGAGAACCGACUCCAGGCCCCUGACUUUGAUCCAUCCUUUAGAGAUGCGAUGCUUCAAGGUGGCAAAGCCGGCCACGUACUGAAGCACUUCCCCUCACUUAUGGACAUGCUGCGCAAGCUGCCCGACUCCCUUCUCCUCAAGCUGAGCCCAGCCAUGGGUGCCUACUCUCAGCUCCAGACCAGCGUCAAGCGCCAGGUGGCCGACAUCCAACACGCACACCAGACGCACGCGUAUGACAAGACACGCCGCACCAUCUUUCAUGAGAUUCUGAACAGCAAGCUGUCUGACUAUGACAAGUCCACGGACCGGCUUUGGCAGGAGGGCGAAGUCGUUGUUGCCGCAGGAACCAUCACGACGGCCUGGGCGCUCGGCGUGUCGACUUACUUCGUCCUCGAUACGCCUGAGAUCCUCUCCAAACUCAAAGCCGAGCUCGAGGCCGCAAUCCCCGAUCCGUCUCAGCCGCUCAGCUUGCUUGUACUCGAGCGUCUUCCCUUUCUGACAGGUGUAGUACAGGAAGGCGUCCGUCUCAGCCAUGCCAUUUCGCAUCGGCUGCACCGCAUCUGUCCGGACGAGACGCUCGUAUACCGGGCUGGCGACAAAGAGUGGCGCAUUCCUCCCGGCACUCCUCUCAGUAUGACCAGCAACCUGGUGCAUCACGACGAGCGAGUUUUCCCCGACUCUCACGCCUUCAAGCCUGAACGCUGGGUCAAUGACCCCCGGCUGGAUCGCUACUUGGUGUCUUUCGUGGCCUCUGACUAUGUGAAUGGAACUGAGGACAACCGCGACCCGGCGGUUAGAGGAUACUUUGAUUACACAAGGCGAAGGGCCAGCCCAUCACGGGCAUACUUGGACACAAGCAUUUCUUGGGUUCCGGCUGUGAUCACAUCAUCUAUCGCCCACGAAGCGAUUACCGGCCUCAACACCAGCAACUGUGAUUUUGCGGAGAUACAGACCUGCUUCAGCGCUGCAAAGACGACUGGGAGCAUACAUAACGCAGCAAUUCCAGGCUUUGAUACAGGCAACGCCUUCAAAGAGGACGUUGGAAGUUUUGCAGGACGGUCUGCUCAGAGUCCGGUAACCGCGAGGGCUCACGAGUACCAGCCCGCUGGUCUCAGCAGCGUGGCUGGAGAGCUCAGCGUAUGGCUGAAGCUCAUCUGUCACAAAUACGCCGGCAUUAGCGUACUUGUGCUUCAUGGUUCGACAAUACGUCAAGACUUCGUUGACCUGCUAACUUGGUUUGCACCCAAGCCUGGCUGCAGAGGUCGUUUCGGAAAUUGCUGCGUCCUCAGCGAUUCAGAGGACACCAUUUUACAACUCAAGUCUAAGCUUUCCAAGACAGACCUUCAGCUUAAUUACCAAGUCGCUGAUAUGUCAAGAUUUUCAACCCCGGAUCAGGCACGAGAAAUGGGAACUUACGACAUCAUUCUGGCACCAGUCGGAAUCCAUCUUGGCCUGAGCCAGUUAUACAUUUUCAGGCAACUACUGGCCCCGAAGGGCCAUCUUGCUCUCGUCAGCUACUGCUCUGACCUGUACCAGCACAUCGACUGGAAAAGCUUCGUCAGCGCCGCCGGUUUCUACCACAUAGUUGCCUCGGUCGACAAGCCUGGGUCACAACUCAUCAUCAGCGCUGUUCCUACUUAG